AGGAGCUGUCCAUUUCAGAACUGUGCAGCAUCACGUCUGGUUCAGUCUGACGAGAAAGUAGAUCCAACCUCUGCUCCCUUUUCAAUGACACACGCACUCACACACAUUCAGAAAGCCGGAGGAAGCGGAUGAAUGUGCACCGCAGUGGCUGUGCCAGUGUGUUACCUGCAGCAGACGGCGAUGCAACAGCAUCUUAUCAUCUGUGGCACCAGCUAUGUAACGCUACAGGAGGCUGGAUUGUUGAUUUGAGCAUAUUUUCUGGUAUGAAGAGUAGUGAGCUGCUGCAGGUGUCCCAUGGGCCAGUUUGUCCUCUGGCCAUUCAGCCUGGGUGUCUCUGCUCUGCACACAGACGCUCUGGGAGGGAGUCGAAAGAUGGUCUUAAAAUAAACUGACACACACCACCAGCAGAACAAAGAACAAAAAACAAACCAUCACAUAAAAGAAAAAAAAGGACAUCGAAGAUCUCUUUUUGUUUUCGGUCACUGCUGCCUACUCUAAAUCUCUCUGCUCUAUUUCUGUGUGUGUGUGUGUGUGUGUGUGUGUGUGCGUGUACGUGUGUGUGUGUGUUGCUCUUUCAUCUUCUCUGUCCUCAUUUUGUGCUAAGAGGAGGUCAUGUCCCAGUCUGGAAAAGUCCUUCAUCUGUAUGUGGAAGUGAGGUCUGCCCCAGAUCAGAAUGGAGGGAAAGGAGAGAGUGAGGAUUUGAUUGCUCAGGGGCAUUCAGUUCAGGACAGUCCUGCAAAGCUCCUUUCUCAUAUAGCAAGCCAGACAACCUGCCAGACCACCACCAAGGCUUCCACAGCUCACCGUCUGGUUCAGGACUGCACACAUAGCCAGUCUCCCUCUAGGCACUCUGUGAGUUUUCAGCUCCAACAAGCCAGCAGCUCCCAGUCACCUAAAGUUGCCAAGCGCUGGAGUUCACCCUGUGAUGCCAUCCACUCUCCACCAACAACACCUUCUUCUGGCAGAGUCACCGCCCCUCACACACCUCCCAACUGUUUUAAUAAGGAGGAGGUCACUGAUGGGAAGCGAUCAGUGGUUACCUUCAGUUACAUUGAGAAAUCCAAUGUGAAAACACUGGACAGUCCUCGUAACUCUGUGUGUGAGAGGGGGUCCAAAGAAGAAAGAUCCACUCCAUCUCACUUUCGCAAAAGACUCAGUGACCCUGUUUGGUUUGGGAGUCCAGACUCUUCUUGCAGCUCCAGUCCAAAGCUGAGUUUCCGGUCUCCAGGAAGUCACCAGCAGACCUUUUCUCCCGGUCUCCGCCAACCACCCCUCGACCCCAUAGGCAGGGCAGCUACACAGAGGGCUGUGGAAGAGUUUGGCUCCCCGUUACUGAGGAUAAAACUAGCCCAUGCACUUGAGAACACCCAGUCCUUACGCUACAGCCAACAACCACGCUGUCAGUCCUGGGCCGGGUCCCCUGUUCAGCGCCAGAGCAUCUGUAUAAAUCCCAAAGACCAAGUCGCAGAUAGAACCCAGGCUAUUUGUGGCCUGCCUCGGAGCCCAGCUUCUGAUCACCUCUCCUCCCAAUCCAGACAGUCUUCUCAGUCAAAGUCUGGAUCAUGUAUUGAAUCUCAGAGCCCUCGACACAAUUCAGGAGAGGACAGAGCUGUAGCAGGCAGUCCAGCUAAUAAAAGACAUGUUCACAGAGCCGGUAGCAGAGGCUCUUCACCGCAGGGAGCAAUCCUUCAGCUUUGCAAUAAUGUAGUUGAGGGCAUGAACCAGUUAAGUGACAGUAAAUCUUCUUCUCCAGCUCAAAGCCCUGAAGUUGCCCGCAGGCUAGCAGAGGAGGCCACCAAAGUAUCCUCUAUUUUCACAGAGACAAGGAGGUCCUCAUUGCACAAUGCUUUAGGUGAACUCAACAGCAGCGCAGAUUGUCACAGUCCAGCUUCAAAUGCACAACAGUUUAAGCAAACACUCAAAAUGAACAUCCCUUUAAAUGACCAAAACAUGCCAGCAAGUGACAAUACAGACUCACACCAGCCUGAUAAUUCUCAUUCACAUGAAACAAACUCCCAUACCAGUUGUGAUACACACCAGGAGGACUGCCUUCAGAAAUGCCAGCAUCAGAGCUCAGUUGUAUCCAAUGCGAGUACUCCGUGUUCCCCUGCCCUGCCCUCACGCCUCCUUCGCCCCGCUCAUCCUCCUACAGAGGUCAGCUCUCCUGUGAAGGACCCGAGGCUGUUCCAAGCCGACCUCCGAGCGCCGGAUACCCCUACCCUGCAUCGCCGUCAACCCCCGCAAUACACAGGAGACUCCUGGUCCCCCAGCCUGGACCUGAGAGGAGAUCUGAGCUGCUUUGAGAGAGGCGACUGCACAGAGCUCGCCCGUAGGCUGUUUAUUAAUCAGAGCGUUGAAGAGACACCAGUCAGUUGGACGUCCAGACAACAGUGGGGAAAUCACAGUAUGAGCAGCCCGAGGCCAAACCCUGAACCCACAGUUGUGUCAAAUGGUGACCCCACGCCUGCUCAUCCUCGCCAGCGGAGGCCACUCAGCCCAACAGCUCGGCAGAAACGAGCUGAGCAGAGGAGAAGAGAAAUCCUUCUCUUGGGACCAGUGGCCCUGGACUCCCCAGAGGAGGAUGAAGGCUGUGAUGAUGAGGGAGAAGGGAAUGAGAUGGAUGGAUACAGCGCAGGCCAGCAGCCACGUCAGCAGAGAGUAGAAGAGCCUCCAGGGUUGGAGCAAAAUGGAGCAAUGGGGGGUUCAUCCUCACGGAGCUCUAGUGGGGUAACAGGCAGUUUGGGUGAUAGGGACUGUGUGUCCCCAGAGUCCAGUCAGUCCAGUCACCAGAGUAAUGAGACCGGGGCCGCAACCUCAGGAAUACAGACGGACAGUGGCUGUACAGCCCCCGUACCCUCACUCCACUGUCAGAGGAUCGCUCGUGCAAAAUGGGAGUUUUUAUUUGGCACCCCUGCUGAGGAAUCUGCUAGCCGGGGGGAGAAAAAUUCUCUGGAAACCUCCACAGCUCCUCCCAGUGGUAACUCCAGUGAGUCUCCCACCCCGACCCCCCCUUCCUCCCUACCUCUGCUCUCUGCCAACCAUGAGGUGCAGCAUGUGGAGGUGGAGCUGGUGACUCCUCCCCCAGCCAUUAUUGGGACAUCACCCAAAACCGGUAUUAUUCGCCGGACACUGAAGUAUUCUGAGACUGACCUGGACGCUGUCCCUCUGCGCUGCUACCGAGAGACGGACAUAGACGAGGUGCUGCUGGCCGAGCAGGACGAUGCUGACUCUGCGUUUGGGAGUAACCGUAGUGUGCAGGGCACCUCAGGUACAGGUAGCAGCCCAUUGGGAGGUUUGGCUUAUGCGAGAACAGAUGGGGAAGAUGAGAGAGCAGGCACAAGACAAGAUGACGAAGAGGAAGAGGAAGAUGAUGAUGACGAUGAUGAGGAAGAGGAAGAAGAAAUGGUGAGUUGGGCCAGUGUGAGGAUGCAAGGAGACAACAGGAAGAGGGAGUACGCAGCCCAGGAGGAGCCGGAGGUGUUUGGACAUCUUCUAAAGAGGCCAAUGGAAACAUUUUUUGACAACCACCACCCGGCCCUGAAGUCCCCCAUCUUGGUGUCUGGUCCACGCUUUGCUGCUGAGGACACCUUCAGCCGUCACUUUGAAAGCAUCAUGGAGUCUCACAGAGCCAAAGGGACAUCAUACAAUAGCCUGGACAGUGAGGAGCUGCUGACCUCAACCACUCAGACUGUCUUGACCUUUGACCUCCCUACACUAACCCCCGCCAUCCAUGGCCCCGUCUGCCAGAGUGCCAGGCAGAUCGUCCAGCUCAGCUUCGCCCCAUUGGCACACGAUGAGAGGCCCAGUCUCUCUGAUUCCAUCUUCACUGUAACUGGAGACUCGGACGCCACUCGAGCCCCGUCCAGCGAGAGGUUGAGCAGCGGUUCAGACGACACGCCACCCAGAGGACGGGACACAGUGCAGCUCGGGAGCGGCUGGUACAGCAACCCCUCUUUCUCUUUACCAACCAGGGAGAAGGCCCGUCUGGCGACAGAUUCGGAGCUGGACCAGGACCUCAGUGACAGGCUCGGUCUGGGCAGCAGUGACACCCUCACCAAUGGCAGCCACCGUGCAGACAUGGCAGCUGCUAAACGCCUGGCUAAACGUCUGUAUAACUUGGAUGGAUUCAGGAAGUCCGACGUGGCACGCCACCUCAGCAAGAAUAAUGACUUCAGCCGUAUGGUAGCAGAGGAGUAUCUUAGUUUCUUCAGCUUCACAGGGCUCGGUCUAGACCAGGCAUUACGGACUUUCCUCAGGCAGUUUGCCCUGAUGGGAGAGACUCAGGAGAGGGAGAGGGUGCUGUCACACUUUUCUAGGCGUUAUUUUGACUGCAACCCAAAAGUCAUACCAUCAGAGGAUGCAGUUCACACGCUCACCUGUGCCCUAAUGCUGCUGAACACUGAUCUGCAUGGUCAGAACAUCGGUAAGAGGAUGUCCUGCCCUCAGUUCAUUGGUAACCUGGAAGGACUGAAUGACAGCCAAGAUUUUCCAAAGGAUCUGCUUAAAGCACUGUACAACUCAAUCAAGAAUCAGAAGCUUCAAUGGACACUAGACGAGGAAGAGCUUCGGAAGUCGUUUUCGGAGCUCGGGGACAGCCUGUGCGACUCCAACGCCUCCAGAUCCAUGAAACGGGUGGGCAGCAGUGAGAAGCCCCUGUCAGAUGAAACACAGCCCACCGGUGCACUGCUGUACAAGAACGGCUUUCUCUGCCGCAAGGUUCAUGCUGAUUCAGAUGGCAAGAGAACACCGAGGGGAAAGAGGGGGUGGAAGACUUUCUAUGCCAUCUUAAAAAGGGCUAUAUUAAUUGUCAUGGCAGGGGAGUACAGACCUGAUAAGCAACUAUCUGAUGAAGACUUGAAAAAUGCUGUAUCCAUCCAUCAUUCUCUGGCGAUGAAAGCUUCUGAUUAGCAGAGGCCGAAUGUGUUUUAUCUGCGAACCGCUGACUGGAGAGUGUAUCUCUUCCAAGCACCGAAUGCAGAGCAGAUGCAGUCAUGGAUCACACGAAUCAACACGGUAGCUGCCAUGUUUUCGGCUCCCUUCCCAGCAGCCAUCGGCUCCCAGAAGAAGUUCAGUCGGCCGCUGCUGCCUGGGACGAUGUCAAAAUUGUCAGAGGUAUUGUCAUUUCGAUUUUUCAGCUAA